CGGGGAUAGACUCUGCUUUGUCGCUCAGAGACUCAUUGCAGCAGUGUUUUUAUUCCAGCCUCAGGUUACGCUUCCAUCACAGCUGGCACUUCCCACAAAUGCUGGUCACCACACAUGGAGCAGCCAGUGUGAAGUAAGACCCCGAGUUUGGGGACUAGAGUUUGAAGACUGAGGCAAAGAUAAUUAGUUCCUGACUGGAUGUUGUGGUUUUGCAAUGUUUGGAUUUUACAAUUUGGACAUCGCAUCGUGAGUGGAGAAUCUGGAUGGACGUUACCUUUAUUGAGGAUAUUGAGGAUUGGGUAAGAGGUAGUCAGUGGUGUCUGGAGACUGGACGUUGUGGCAUGGAUAGCAUUUUCUGGACAACAGAGCUUUGAUACUGACUUAUGCAUAGGUUAAACAGCAUCGUGGAUGAUACGGGACCUCAGAUCGAAGACACACAAGUCAAAUUCAUUCCAAAGCAGAGACAUUCGGGAUCUUUGGCUUGCUUUUGGAGAAGAUAUGCUAUAGCAUGUUCAAUGUGAUUUUGGACAUAGUGCUGAAAGGGUUAGUAAAAAGCGUAUGCAGGAUAUAGACGUGUCUCCUACUCCGCCGUGGAAAAGCAUGGAGACGUGACGCCGCAGCCAUGCUGUGCGGUUUACGGAGAGAAGGCCGCAAUGAUGAUGGCCCUUAUUCAAAAGGGAAUAAAGACUGUGCAGCCAACGACAGCAGCAUGGUCUCAAAGAGGCGCAGCAUUCCAGAUGAGAUUCGUGGGCUGACCACAGUAGAGCUGAUAAAGAGAGAAGGCUCCAGUCUCGGCCUCACCAUCUCUGGAGGCUCGGACAAAGAUGGCAAGCCACGAGUGUCAAACCUUAGACCAGCUGGUCUGGCAGCCAGGAGCGACCAGCUGAACACGGGCGACUACAUAAAGUCCGUGAACGGCAUCAACCUGUCCAAACUGCGGCACGACGAGAUCAUCAGCAUGCUGAAGAACAUCGGAGAGAGGGUGGUGCUGGAGGUGGAGUAUGAGCUGCCUCCGCUCGCUCCCAGCAGUCCGAGCAGCGUCAUCUCCAAAACCAUCGAGGUGUGUUUGGAAAAAGAAGGCAACAGUUUUGGAUUCGUGCUCCGGGGUGGUUUUCAUGAGGACUGGCAUAAGGCUCGUCCUCUAGUAGUGACCUAUGUCAGACCUGGGGGCCCAGCAGACAGGGAGGGCACUCUGCGUGCAGGUGAUCGGGUGUUGAGUGUAAAUGGUGUGGCUCUAAACCGACGGAAACAUGCCGACGCUCUCACUCUGCUCAUGCAGAGCAGCCAGGAAGCUUAUUUCCUCAUCGAGUACGACAUUACGGUUAUGGAGUCAGUGCAACAGUCCUCAGGUCCUCUGCAGGUGGAGAUCAUGAAGAGCCCCGGCUCUGUGUUGGGUCUGAGCCUCACCACUGCCCUCUACAGAAACAAACAUGUCAUUACAAUCCAGAAAAUCAAACCUGCCAGCGUCGCAGAGAGGUGUGGAGCUCUGCAUGUAGGUGAUAUUCUCUUGGCUAUAGACAGCAUGAGCACUGAGCACUGUUCUUUAAUGGAAGCUCAGCAGCUGCUGGCCAACUCCUCAGAGGUCACCAAACUCGAGAUCCUGCCUUCGCCACACGGCCUACAUGACACGGUGCGUAUCCAGAGGAGCAGUCAGCGCCAGUGGGAUUCUGGUGGGAACUACCUCAGUGCCGCUGCACCCACCCACAGCAAAGCCCCAUUAACCUGGAGCAACACCACUCCUACACACUCCCACUGCACUUCUGUGGCAUCAGGCAGCUCAUCUCAGACUUCAGGCUUUCAAAGCGCUAAGGGCGGUUCUGUGUACCCGAGCUCGUACCCCUGCAGCACUCUGCCCUCGUACCCCUCGAGCCCACGCGGCGGCACCAACAGGAGGAAACCCAGGAGAACAGAACACAAGAGCUCAUUGUCUCUCUCCAGCACGGUGGGUGUUGGUGGCCAGGUGGUGCAUGUUGAGAAUAAUGAGGUGGUGCUGAGAGGAGAUCCACUCACAGGCUUCGGCCUGCAGCUCCAGGAAAGAGUGUUUGCGACUGAGCCUCUUUCUGCACCCGCCUGCAUCCGGUUCAUAGAGCCAGACUCACCUGCUGAAAGGUGUGGAGUGCUGCAGGUUGGAGACCGAAUCCUCUCUAUAAAUGGAAUCUCGACUGAUGACGGAACCCUGGAGGAGUCCAAUCAACUUCUCCGAGACGCAGCUCUGUCCAACCAGGUCACUCUAGAAGUCGAGUUCGACGUCGCAGUAUUAGGGGAGAAGAUGUACGCUGCCAGGGACGUACAGGCACAGAGGCCACACCUCCUUUUUAUAAGACUGACAGGCAGAAGGAUCAUGCCUUCUUCUCUGGGACUGACAGAGUCUGUAAUCCCAAGCAGCGGUACGUUCCACGUGAAGCUGCCAAAGAGGCGUGGCGUGGAGGUGGGCAUUACUAUCAGUGCCAGCAAGAAGCCAGGCCGGCCUCUGAUCAUCUCUGAGAUAAAGAGAGGGAGUAUCGCUCACAGAACAGGUACACUGGAGCCUGGCGAUCGAUUGUUGGGAAUAGACAAUGUAAAACUCGAGAACUGUGGAAUUGAUGAGGCCAUGGUGGUCCUCCAGCAGGCUGAGGACAUGGUCAGACUGCGCAUUCAGAAAGAUGAGGACAACUUAGAUGAGCUCGAGUCCUCCGGCUCUGUGAUUUUCACCGUGGAGCUGAAGAGACAUGGAGGUCCUCUGGGAAUCACCAUUUCUGGCACAGAGGAGCCCUUUAACCCUAUCCUCAUCUCCAGCCUGACCCGUAAUGGUCUCGCACACAGAACCGGGGCUCUUCAUGUUGGUGACCGUGUGCUAGCUAUCAAUCAUGUGAGUCUAAAGGGGAAGCCACUGAGCGAAGCCAUUCACCUGCUGCAGACUGCUGGAGAUGCUGUGACACUGAAGAUCAAGAAACGAACUGAGUCUGCCAUCGAGUCAGACUUGGGCAGCCCACCGAGGACGGGAUCUUGUCUGAGUGAUGCUGAAGACGACAGUUCUGAUUCGCUCAGGCGCUGUAAACGUUCUGGUCUUCAUCACCUAGCCACGCCCCCUAGCAUGGAUUCAGCCAUGGACUCAUGGGAUGGCUCCGGCUUUGAUGCUGGCUAUGGGAGUCAAGGGGCCUACAUCCAUCAGACAUCCGACCUGAACAUCAACCCUAAUGAGUGGAGACGAACCAAUCAAAAGAGCCCACUGGCCUCCAGAAAACACACCCACUGUGCUGCAGUGCAUGAUGGGAAAUCAGGAGAAGAUGACUGGAAAUACCAUGGAUCCGUUAGCCCCAUGCGUUGCCGUGGCAACACCGACACUCAGGAGACCUAUUGGUCGCAAGCAAUGCAGGAUUUGGAGACGUGCGGCCAAUCAGAGAUCCUCAGAGAGCUGGAGGCCACCAUGAUGUCGGGCAGCACACUGAGUUUGGGGGACGAGAGCGAGGUCUGUAACGACGGUGAAAUCAAACUUCCACCCUUGGAGCUGAAGCAGUGCUGGGACUGCAGCACAGAUACAGAGCUAAACGAUACGAGCCCCACCGCCAUGCCGUUAGAGCUGCACAAGAUCUGUGUGUUGAAGGAUGAAGACAGCAGGGAUUUUGGCUUCAGUGUGUCUGAUGGCUUGUUGGAGAAGGGUGUGUAUGUCAAUAUGAUCCGUCCGGACGGUCCUGCAGAUCGGGCGGGUUUACAGCCAUACGACCGCAUCCUUCAGGUGAGUCACGUGCGCACGCGGGACUUCGACUGCUGUUUAACCGUGCCUCUGAUUGCCGAGUCGGGAGAUAAGCUGCAGCUUGUUAUCAGUAGGAACCCUGUCACAAAGACACCUCAGUGGUCCCCUGAGGACAGUCAGGACUCUUCUGACGCACUUCCUGCCGUCUCUAUCCGCAGCUCGAAAAAGGCCUACCUCAGGCCUGAGAUGGUUCCACUGAGCGGCGGGUUACUGUAGAAGAAGGAGUCUGUGUCUCUCUCUCUCUCUCUCUCACUCUCACACACGCUCACAAUUUAAACCACUUUCCCACAUCACUUUUUGCCACAUGCAGGUUUUGUUUCCAUGGCAACACUUUUAAAAGAUAAUUUAACUUGAUCACCAUAUUCACUUGUACACUCUGUACUUUUUGUCUGUGUCCAGUUUAAUUUUAGAUUAUUUUGAGUUCCCUCACUGGUUUAGGUUCACACACCUGUGCGCACGUAUACACACACACACACACACACACACACACACACACACACACACACAU